AUGAAUGAUAGCCAUCAACCUGUAAUUGAUGCUGAAAGUAGUGGAACUGAAUGUACUGUACGAACAUUGACCGGUGACUUAUUAUGUGUGAAAGAAUUUACACCGAUAUUUUCUCGAAUGAGUGCUUAUUUAGCAUGUGCCAAUAUUGACAAUAGUCAUCCAAAACAUAUUUAUUUCCAACCGACACCUGAUCAUGUUUUAAGUGUUGAUUAUUCCGACUGGCUUGAUUCAGCCGUUUUAUGUGACUCAAAUGUUAAUCAAAAAGGUCCACUUACCACUAGUAAAAAUGAAUCGAUAAAUAAUGACUGUGAUGGUACCUAUGAAAAAGGCGCGUAUUCUGAAUUAAUCAAAAAAUAUUCUUUGAAUAUAAACGCCUGUUGUGAGUCAAAUUUUGUCAGUAAACAAGACGAUUUUAGCAAAGCUGGUAGUUAUUCUCCGAAUGCCUUGCAUAAAACUCGUUUUAAUCCUAAUCUUGGUUCUCAUACAUGGUGUGCAGCGGGUGGUGAAUCUGGUCUUCUUAUACUAUUACCGUUGACGCGUGCUUGUGCGACAAUUGCAGAUCUACAUUACAAAGAAGAAAACAAACAUUAA